GCGGACCUUUAACAAAACCGGAAGUGUCUCCUGAUGAAGCUGACAGUUAGCUAUCAUGGCGCUUGAUGUUAAAGCCAGAAACAAACGAUACGAGAAGCUGGAUUUCCUCGGAGAGGGUCAGUUCGCCACAGUGUACAAAGCAAGGGACAAAACGACUGACACCAUAGUUGCCAUUAAAAAGAUUAAGGUUGGCCACAGAACUGAGGCUAAAGAUGGUAUCAACAGGACAGCUCUCAGAGAGAUCAAAUUGCUGCAGGAGCUGCACCAUCCAAACAUCAUAGGGCUGCUGGACGCCUUCGGACACAAAUCUAACAUCAGCCUGGUGUUUGAUUUCAUGGAAACAGAUCUGGAGGUGAUCAUCAAAGACACCAGUCUAGUCCUGACUCCGGCCAACAUUAAAGCCUACAUCCUCAUGACUCUACAGGGAUUAGAGUAUAUGCACCAUCACUGGGUCCUGCACAGGGAUCUGAAGCCCAAUAAUCUGCUGUUAGACGGCAACGGAGUGUUGAAGUUGGCUGAUUUUGGUCUGGCCAAAGCAUUUGGCAGCCCCAACAGAGUCUACACACAUCAAGUUGUUACCAGGUGGUACCGCUCCCCUGAGCUCCUGUUUGGUGCCAGGAUGUACGGUGUGGGUGUUGACAUGUGGGCAGUGGGCUGCAUCUUGGCAGAGUUACUCCUUCGGAUACCAUUCCUUGCUGGAGAUUCAGAUCUUGACCAGCUGACUAAGAUCUUUGAGGCUCUGGGGACGCCCACAGAAGAGACAUGGCCAGGGAUGACCAGUCUACCAGACUAUGUGUCCUUCAAAAUAUUCCCAGGCACGCCUCUGGAAAAUAUAUUUAGUGCAGCAGGAGACGACUUACUAGAGCUGCUACAGGGCUUCUUCACCUUUAACCCCUCGACAAGGCUCACAGCUACACAGGCUCUGAAGACGAAGUACUUCAGCAAUCGACCUGGUCCCACUCCUGGACACCAACUCCCCCGACCAAACUGCACAGCUGAGGCUCUGAGGGAGAAGGAAACAGUUGGGCUCAAGAGGAAAAUCGAAGGCCUGGAGACAACUGUGAUGAAAAAGAAGCUUAUUUUCUGACCAGACUGGACCUGGUUCAUCAGAUGACCAAUCAUCUUCACACCAUUACGUGGCUCAGCCUGCCCGCAUUGCUCAGGAUCGUCCACUGGAAUGAAAAAAAAAAAAAGUCAAAUCCAGCGGAGAGGAAAAAGGCUCAGAUGUGACUUGACUUUAGGAAAUGUUAGAGGUUGUAGCUGUUACAUCAGCUGAGAAUUGUGCCUGAAGUUAGCUCUUAGUAUCCAAGGUGCUGCUGUGUGUAGCACCCAAUGAGUGAUGCACAACAGAGGUCAAUAGCGUUUGCUCUGAUCUUUCUUCAUUGUAACAAUGAUGCCUAAGCUCUGGGAGCCUGUUGUAAUAUGUAUAUUUAUGUGACUGACAAUAAGAACAACCAAACAAGCAAGCCUGAUUUAUUUCAUGUAUAUGUAUUUAAAUGUGUAUGUGAUUUCCUGCUGUCAUUAUAAUUAAAGGGACAGUCCAACACACAAUCAAAAACACAUGUUUUUCCUCUUAUAUGUAGUGCUCUUUAUUAGUGUAGAUUUUU